AUGAGCCACGACACUUUUUCUUCCCUAAAAUUCAGACGGACGUCUAGCAAGCUUCACAAAGAUCCCCCAAGCUUCUCCUCCCGCAUCCUCAGAAGCCAGCAGAGCAACACGUCACUCAAACGACACCCCUCGGCGCCUGUCUAUCCGCGUUCCUCUGCCAGCGGAAGUCGAGAACAUUCCCGUACGAGAUCCAACGCAUACGGCUCCUCCUCGUCCUCUCUCGAGCAGCACAGUGGGGGUCCGUCCCCUGUGCUUGCUGGCGGUGAAUCCAACUACUUCCCCACCUCCUACAGCUCUGCCAAGUCCCGUCCUGGAAGGUUUUCAUUCACCACCGACCCGAGCUCAGAUGAAUUGACAAACUCCCCGUUUGAUUCGCGGGGUAUGCUCAGUGCAUUAGAAGAGAACACCGCAGAAUCUGACAAGGUCGUCCCCGCCAAACCUCCGACACUACGUUCCUAUCACACCAGCCCUGACUCUCGCGGACUCCGGCAGUCGGCCAGUUUCACCGCUCUACAGAACCGGAUGGAUGCCUUUACCCAAAGGUCCGACCAUGACCAGUCGACCACCACAAAAAGGUACUCGGACGAGGCAAAUGGACCGAAGGUAUCCGCAACACGCAGUAAGAAGAGCAGCUUCUCCAGCUUUGUCAACAGCAUGUUAGGAUCACCGCGGGGUAUCAAGAUCUCCGCCCCAGAGAAUCCCGUCCAUGUAACCCAUGUCGGUUACGAUAAUCAGACCGGCCAGUUCACCGGCUUGCCAAAGGAGUGGCAGCGGCUGUUGCAAGAAAACGGCAUCUCGAAAAAGGAGCAGGAGGAACACCCCCAGACAAUGGUUGAUAUCAUGCGGUUCUACGAGAAGAAUGCUCGUGGAGAUGAUGAGGUAUGGCAUAAGUUCGACCACGCUUAUCCACACCAUCAGCCAGCCGCAAAUACCCCGACGCCCCAGCGAUCCUCCCCUCCCACGAGUCCUCGAUUCCCACAGAAUCACGAAGGUAGUUUCGAAAACCCGCGUGCACCUCCCCCCAUCCCGCGGAGUGCCCCAACAGCCACUCCGACGAUGUCACCGCCAAUUGGUGGUCUUGUCCCCAACAGAGCGCCCCCGAAGCCUCCCACACCAGUUGGUAUGACACCCGCUCGGGCGGCGCCGCAGCCUCCGGUCACACGGUCACCUCCCCAGGAGGUCUAUACGAAUCAAUUUGUCACUCCCUCGAUCCCGGAGACGGAAAUUUUACCAGCAGACCCGCAGCUCAGUAGGUCGAACUCCAAGACCAGUGGUGGGCAGCCACAUUGGCCGCAACCAAACCCGAUUCCUUCAUCAGUCCAGUAUCAGCAACAACAGGAGCAAGCAAUGGCAGCAGCUCAACAAGCACUUGUUCAAAAGCAGCUGGAGCGUAGCCGAAGCCAGCGCCAGCAGCAACAGCAGCAGCAGCAGCAGGCACGAGCUACGGAACCCAAGCAGGCCACCCAGCCUGGAAAUUUGCAGCAUGCCGCGGAUCCCACAACCGCAUAUCCGGUCCCUCAAAAGGCACAAGCCGUCCCCGCGGCUCGUCCUCGACAACGUGCUCGUCAGAGUAACGCCAUGGAUGUCAGGGCACGCUUACUUGCCAUCUGCACUCCGGGUGAUCCUACAAAGAUCUACUACAACCUCAAUAAGAUCGGCCAAGGAGCAUCUGGCGGUGUGUACACCGCGUAUCAACACGGAACAAACAACUGUGUUGCUAUCAAGCAAAUGAACCUGGACUUGCAACCGAAGAAGGAUUUGAUCAUUAAUGAGAUUCUCGUAAUGAAGGAUAGUAAGCACAAGAAUAUCGUGAACUUCCUCGAUAGCUAUCUUCAUGGUUUGGAUCUGUGGGUGGUAAUGGAAUACAUGGAGGGUGGGAGUCUCACUGAUGUUGUCACUUUCAACAUCAUGACCGAGGGCCAGAUUGCCGCUGUGUGCAGAGAGACUCUGAGCGGACUGCAACACCUUCAUUCCAAGGGUGUUAUCCACCGUGAUAUCAAAUCAGACAAUAUCCUGCUCUCAUUGGAUGGCAACAUCAAAUUAACCGAUUUUGGUUUCUGCGCCCAGAUAAAUGACUCGCACAACAAACGCAAUACCAUGGUUGGCACCCCAUACUGGAUGGCACCUGAGGUCGUUACAAGAAAGGAGUACGGCCGGAAGGUCGACAUCUGGAGUUUGGGAAUCAUGGCCAUUGAAAUGAUUGAAGGCGAGCCCCCGUAUCUGACGGAAUCUCCACUACGGGCUCUGUACCUGAUUGCUACCAACGGCACUCCCACCAUCAAAGACGAGCACAAUCUGUCGCCAAUUUUCCGCGAUUUCUUGCACCUCGCCCUCAAGGUCGAUCCUGAGAAGAGAGCGUCAGCUCAUGACUUGCUGAUGCAUCCAUUCAUGUCCCUUUGCGCCCCACUGUCCCACCUAUCUCCGCUUGUGAAAGCUGCGCGGAUGAGCAGAGCUCAAGAAAAGGCUCAGAAGGGGGGCCCUUGA